CUCCCGGAGAGGCGGAGGGUCCGGCUUCCACCGUGACUUCGGCGGCCUGGUUGGGUUUUUUAUUAUUAUUUUCAAAUUUCUGAAUCCAGCUUGAGCAAGAGAGCAAGAGAUCUCCGUAGACUGCGACUCGCUGGCUCUCGCUCCGAGAUGAUGCAGAGCGCAUCUGUCCCCGCGGAGGGGGCUGUCAAGGGGCUCCCGGAGAUGCUUGGUGUGCCGAUGCAACAGAUCCCCCAGUGCGCCGGCUGCAACCAGCAUAUCCUGGACAAGUUCAUCCUGAAGGUCCUGGACAGACACUGGCACAGCUCCUGCCUCAAGUGUGCAGACUGCCAGAUGCAGCUGGCGGACAGGUGCUUCUCCAGGGCCGGGAGCGUCUACUGCAAGGAGGACUUCUUCAAGCGCUUCGGCACAAAAUGCACGGCCUGCCAGCAGGGCAUCCCCCCGACCCAGGUGGUCCGCAAGGCGCAGGACUUCGUCUACCACCUGCACUGCUUCGCCUGCAUCAUCUGUAACCGGCAGCUGGCCACAGGGGACGAGUUCUACCUCAUGGAGGACGGGCGACUGGUGUGCAAGGAGGACUACGAGACGGCCAAGCAGAACGACGACUCAGAGGCCGGAGCUAAGCGGCCCCGGACCACCAUCACAGCGAAGCAGCUGGAGACGUUAAAGAAUGCCUACAAGAACUCCCCCAAGCCCGCCCGACACGUGAGGGAGCAACUUUCCUCGGAGACGGGCCUGGACAUGAGGGUCGUCCAGGUUUGGUUUCAGAACAGAAGGGCCAAGGAGAAGCGCCUGAAGAAGGACGCGGGGCGGCAUCGCUGGGGCCAGUUCUACAAGAGCGUCAAGAGGAGCCGGGGAGGCAGCAAGCAGGAGAAGGAGAGCUCUGCCGAGGACUGUGGGGUUAGUGACAGUGAGCUGAGCUUCCGAGAGGAUCAAAUUCUCUCAGAACUUGGCCACACCAAUAGGAUUUAUGGCAACGUGGGGGACGUUACAGGCGGACAGUUAAUGAAUGGGAGCUUCUCCAUGGACGGGACAGGACAAUCCUAUCAGGACUUGAGGGAUGGGAGCCCCUAUGGAAUCCCCCAGUCUCCAUCCUCCAUAUCGUCCCUGCCAUCCCACGCUCCUUUGCUCAAUGGGCUGGAUUACACGGUGGACAGUAAUUUGGGCAUCAUUGCGCAUGCAGGGCAGGGAGUAAGCCAGACGCUGAGAGCCAUGGCUGGGGGACCCACCUCUGACAUCUCCACAGGAAGCAGUGUAGGCUAUCCCGACUUUCCAACUAGCCCAGCCUCUUGGCUUGAUGAAAUGGAUCAUCCUCCUUUUUAAACAUCUCUCCUCCCCAAACUACCAGUCCUUCUGGCUUGAGAGAAUAUCUUCAAGGUCAAAGGAGACUUUCCUUUCAAGGAUCACAAUGCACCAAUGUGAAUUUCCAUUAUUUUCAAUGGAAGUCCUUUGCUGAUCCCUAGGAGGUUGCGAGACUGCACUAGGGCGUUGUUUUCCUGGGGAAGUGGUGGGAGAGCAGCCUCCUCUUAGAACACAGCACAGGGGCGUGGAGCCUGGCGCGCUAGGGUGCUGGCUUGUUGGCUCCCUCCCCCGCCCUGCUUACAGGCUUUGGCUGCCCGGUGCUUGGUGGCACGAGGUGACUGUCAGGCCACCCUGGCCUCUGGGAGCUCUGCUCUGACUGGUGUGUCUCCUGAGAUGCCUCCCGAACCACUGCUGUCACCAGAACUGAGAUUCCCAAAGUAGAGGCAUCACAUCCCUUGAGUGUAACAAAGUGAUUUCUGGACCACCGUUAUUGAACUCUUAAUUUUCAAAAUAAAAAAGUCACUUAUUAAAGGUCCGUGAAAACUUUGAUGGCCAGUCUGAUACUGAAAACAUACUCCCCCCGCUUUUCUUUUUUCUCUGUGAAAAAUAAGACUUCGUCCCUAUCCAGAAGUACAAGCCAGAGAAUAUUUGUCAGUUUUGGUUUCUAAGAAAUCCCAUCCAUAUCACUGAAUCCCUGAUGGCAAGAAGUGGUUUUCAUUGCAGGUGACUCUGAGGCUGGAGCUGAGUGGCCCGUGGUGCACAAUGUGCCUUUUUAAUUUGCUCGUAUCAUUUAUUCCAGAAGACAGGCUGUGGGUUACAAAAUGAUCAAAGCUAAAACACGGAGAGAACAGAACGACAAUCAGUGAAAAUGUUUGUAGACACCUUUGGAUUCCAGACUUGCAGUCUGUUUAGCCAAAUCAGCAGAUACCAGUCUCCCAGAUUUCACCGUCCGGUAGGGUGAAAGGAUGCUGUGAGUCUGUUUUGAGGGAGUUGGUUUAGCCGAGUUUGCAAGCCCACCCCCACCUGCAGCUAACCCUCCCCAGCCCCUUACAAAUGAGAGGUUUCUCUGCUGUGCCAGCUGGCUCACUGGAGUGCAAUCUUGGGCUCCUCCAAGUACCAGCAAUGCUUUUUGGCCUCUCUUGCUUGGAAGGAAUAAUUUAGGGAGCAGCCCUAAAAUUGUCCAAAGGGUUCCAAGUGGUCCUUGGGCUGCACCUCUCUGGGUGGCUGGCUGACUCGUGCCAGGCCCUGUGGUGCUCCAGUCCUGCGCUCAGAAGGGCAGAGCUCUCCAGCCAAAGGCAGCACAGAGACUCUCGGCUUGUGGGUUUGCAAUAGUACCUCACCAAGCCGGAGGCCAACGCAAGGCCGACCCCUGCUUUAUGAGCUGCCGCCCCCGUGACAGACGGCACUUCUGUGGGAAAUACUAUCGUGAAUGGUGUUACAACUCCCACUUUAUGCACCACGCACCUGUCCAUCAGGAAGUGCUCCUGUGCACACUGGAGUUUAGCUGGUGGCAUUUAUUCCACUCCCCUUGGGAAACUGUGGUUUGCUUCUUCCGGCCUCCCAUUCUCUUAAACAAGUUCAGCAGAGUAGGAAAGGGUAAGAAGGCACUGCCCGUCUUCACAUGAAACGAUGGGGCCAAAGCCCCUAAGGACCCUUCCUUCUGUGAAUGGUUCGUCACCUUUUGAGGACUGAAAAGAUGUAGGCAUGUGGUAGGCAGCCUCUUUGGCUGCUGUAUCUUUUGUAAACUCUUUUCCAGGCCUUAACUAAGGUCCGUUAAGCUUCUUUAAAAUACAUAGUAAAUUCCUGGGAUCAGCCUUCAGACCGUCUUUUCUCUGAUCAAUUUUGUGCUGUACCCUUAUUUUUUGAUGUGCUGCAGUUGUCAUGACUUUUGCUUCGGGAGCCUGCAAAUGUAGACUCUUCUUUUCUUGAGGUUCCAGGUGUAGAUGGUUCCAGGUUAAGCCAAUUCUGUGCUAUUGGGAAUUCCUCGAUAACGUGAGCAUGGUGGGUGAGGAUGGGGACACAAGCGCAAGAUAAGAAGCCAUGUGAAGGGAAGGAAAAGCAGCUGUCUUCUCUGAGGACAGCUUCUUCAACACACUGGUCUUAGCAGGCUGCUUACAAUACAUGGGAGAAAGACUGUGCUGGGCAGUGAACCAGUUAAAAACGGUCCCACCCAGACCACUGACUCGGCUGGGUCGCUUGGCGUAGUAUCUCGUGGGAUCUCGGAGGCACUCUGUAGUUUUGGCGAGUGUAGCAGGAGAGCAGGCUCUCUGAAGGGGUGUGCCCCUCCGCGUAGCACUGUUUUUUAAGAUCGACUGAAGUUGACCAGUUUUCGUUUUUGUAUGCGAGUUAAUCAUGCUCACUCCCUACUCACUGGUGGGAGAAGGGGAGGCCUUCCUCAGUCACAUUAAUAACAGAAGUCUCUUGAGGAACUCAGUGAGCAGUGCAGCUGAUGUUGGGAGUAGCUUCUUCAGUUUGGAGGGGUGGGCUAGCCAGAAGAGCUCCUGAGAGGGCACUGGCUGGAAAGCCAGGAGGGCCGGAUUGAGGCUCCCCAGAGCCACCUCCUCAGAAAGCAGCUAAACACUGGCGCCCCAUUUAGAAGCACAGCCACAACAGGUCUCCCAUUUUAAGUGGAUCUCCUUGCAAGUGGGGUUAGCAUUACGGAUGGGCCAGUGCCACCAAUGAGCCAGUGCAUGCCAAGACUGUUCCUUGGCUCUUCUGUGGCUCCAAGAUGGAGAAGAACAAAACAUUACCGUGAGAUUCUCUUCCCGACGCUCCUCUGUUGCUCAGGCGUCUAUUACUGAGGUAUAAGGUGCUAUAUGGGAGCUGUUUUCUCCCUUGCAAAAAUGACAUGGAUCAAUUUUAAAAAUGAAAUGAGACCUUCUAGAGGCAUUUACAAUAUUUGGACCUGUCUUUGGCUCUAAGAGAGCAAUUAACUAGCAACCAUUAUCUGCAGUACCUGGCUGAUAGACCUUAGGGUAGGAGGCUUCUGAAUCCAGGAGCAAAUUAAUAAUAAUAAUAAUUAAUAAUAACCCCUGCCCCAAGAUUCCAGUGGUACCUGGUAUAAGCAGAAAGGGGACGUGUGGGGCUAUGGAAGAAUCUAUAUUUGCUGAAAAGCAAUAAAACCAUGAAGGAAAUACCAAAUGCAAGCACUAAGCUGGCCCACUGGGUAAAUCACAUUGUUGGGAAGCCCGGUUCCUUUCAGGGACUUGCUGUGCAGCCUGAGGCAAACUCUUUUCUAUCUCUGUGCUUUCUCUUUCUUGCCUCAUCUGAUAGUUAUGAAUAUAAUGUAAAAUGAAAAUCAACUACCAUAUGAUAACAUUAUUCCUGCAAACUAAUACGGUAAAGCAUCAGGGAAAGAAGACAUUAUGACAUAAGAAAAGCAUUUGGCAGUGUCUUUAAAAGGUUUCUUUUUUUUUUGCCAAU